CAGAUUUCUGUGUGUGUGCGCGUGUGUGUGAGAGAGGGAGGAACCCCUUUGGCAGAGAGAGAGAGAGAGCACGAGAGAGACAGAGGUCCAGAAAGCUUUGGAGCAUUGAAAGAAGAAAAGACUUGCUGCUGUGCCAGAUUUCCACACUCUACAACCAGAAACAAAGUGAAUACUUCUCCUUGAAAAAAGUUGAAGAGGCGGCCAUGGACGGGAUAACGUUUGGACGCAUGUCGCUCCUCUGCACCUUGCUCCUCUGGGCAUUUCAAGUAUGCUACGGGCAGUUGUCAGUAAUCGUGGAGAAGGAAGUGGAGGUGUUGAUAGGAGAAACUGCCAAACUGCCCUGCUCAUACAGCGUCUCACCCUCCUCAGACACAGCCAUUGCUGAAUGGUUCAUGGAUGUACAGAACCAGUGGACUCGUGUCGCUUACCAGUCCUCAAGUGGGACGGGCACCGACGCAGAGUCCCCUCUGGCAAGUCGAGUAUCUAUUGGAGCCGACUUCACCUUGACCAUCUCCUCUGUUAAAGCCUCUGACGAGCUCAUCUUCCACUGCCAGGUCACUCUGGGCCCAUCCGGGGUUACGGAGAAACCCACCAUGCUCAAAGUCUUCAUGACUCCCGAGAAGCCAGAACUCUCAAAGCCUUUGAGUCAGGCAAUAACCGCAGGAGAAACUACCAGCUCUGAGAUUGGUACCUGUGUGUCAAUGAAUGGACAUCCCCAGCAGAGGAUCAUCUGGUUCAAGGAUGGCGAGCCUAUCCCUGAAGUCAAAGACCAGAAAGAGAAAACCUACAUCGUGCCCUCUGUGGUGAAGGAGGCCUCGGGUCUGUUCACCGUUAAGAGCACCCUGUACAUGCAACCCACCAAGGCUGACAAGGACUCCGUGUUCCAGUGUACCGUGGAGUACAGCAUGCCAGGAGGCCAGAUCAGAGAGACCAAGUCAGACACCAUGACCAUCAACCUCAACUAUCCCUCUGAGAAAGCAACCUUUUCCUUAGUCAACUCUGGCCCAGUCAAAGAGGGUGAUACCGUCACUAUGAAAUGUGAGACUGAUGGAAACCCUCAGCCCUCAGAGUUUGAGUUCACUAAAGAUAAAAAUAAUAUCAAUGGUGAGGGUGCCACUCUCAUUCUGAAAUCUGUCAAGCGUGAAGAUAAGGGUGUAUACAGUUGCAAAGCCAUAGAUUUUGACAACUUCUUCGCUGACCUGAGCGCAAGCAUCACCCUCGAUGUCCACUACAUUGACUCAAUGAACGUGACCCCGAAAGAGCCUCAAGUGGUCAAGCUUGGAGACAAAGUGGAAUGGCAGUGCAAGACCAAGGCCUCAUCCGCACACACGGUUCAGUGGAAAAAGGACUCCGAGGUGCUUUCUCAGGACGGCACUCUUUCAAUACAGAAUGUUACCUAUGAUAAUGCCGGAGAUUACGUGUGUGUUGGAGCCGUUCCAUCUGUGCCAGGACUGACAUCCCAGACUAAUGUCAGCCUCACUGUCAAAGGAAAACCCAUGAUCGAGACCCCUGCUGUCGGAGAGGUGGGGAAGGAAGGCGACAUGGUGACUGUGAAGUGCUCUGCCCUCGGCUUCCCCACCCCACAGUUCACCUGGAAGGCCACUGGGAAAGAGUCCGUAUCACUGGAAGGUAACAAGGCAGUGAGCACCAUGACUCUACAAGCCACAGCCGAGAUCAUGAAGGACGGUGUGACCUGUGAGGUCUCCAACGAGCAUGGAACAGAUUCCAAGACCAUCCCAGUAUCUCUGAAACGAGCAAUUGACAACUCAGCUGAAGUGCUGCUCUCUGGAAACCCUGUGCUAAAGUCAGCUGACAAGCAGCAGGGAGGCUCCAGUGGGGUGGUGAUAGCCGUGGUGGUGUGCGUUCUGCUGCUCCUGCUGCUUGUUGCCCUCAUCUACUUCGUAAACAAGAAGAACAAGAUGCCGUGCAGCAAGGAGAACAAGAAAGAAGUGGCCAGCGGAGACGUGAACAAUGACAUUGUGGUGGAAAUGAAGACGGACAAGGCCAAUGAAGAGGCUGGUCUACUCCACAAAAAGCCAUCCACAGAACAGUGAUGAAACCAGAAGAUGAAAACAGCUGAUGAAGGGAAGAGGACAUCAGUGCAGACAGCAGGGCUAACUUUUAUUGACUACAAUAAGAGGCGGAGCAGGAAGGUGGCUUUAUUUUGGGGAUCUCGGGUGCGCACCGUGUCAGCACUGGUUAUGUUUGUUUUCUAACCUGGAGUAGACCAGUCGGUUGGAAUUACUUUUCCUUCCUUUUUUUUUUUUAGAGCUAGCUUUCUCACAAAACUCCAUCCAUCUGGCUCUACGACAGGUUCCAAAACCACACCAUGUGCAAAAUCAUAAUGUGACAAGACUGGGGUGACUUUAUCAUGGCUUCUUUCACCAAUCGCAUCUUUGUUCGACUCCUCCGCAGAGUAGAAGCGUACAGUGACCGGCACAAAUCAAGCACAGUGGUGGAAUCUUUCUAAUCUACCCCAAAUGAAACACAAAACGCCAUUAAGCCACUGUGUGUGUUUGUGUGUGCAUUUAACACUGAGCAUCUUUUCUGCUUUUGGAGUCUGCACUUAAAUUCUUUCCUUUCCUGCUCAUAAAAUUGAGGAAAUAAAAUUAAGAGAGACUGUUACUCUGUUAGAUUCACCUAAAUAACAAGUAAUGAUUUAUCCUUGCAGCAUUUAAUCUGAAAGCACACUUUUUGGCUGUAACAUUUUUUUUUUUUUUUCUCAAAAAAAUUCUGCGUUUGCUUUAUUUCUUUUUGUUUAAUUGCAUAUUUGCCACCAGUGAAUGUUUAUAUUGUUUCAUCCAGUAUCUCAUUAGCUUUCAGUGGAAACAGCCCUGACAUUUAAUAAUAAUUGCCUGCCCUUUUUUAAUCCAUCUUUAAAAAAGUCGCCAUACAAACAAGCUAGUUGUACAAAUUUGUUCUCACCAUUUCCAGCACGCAUGUAUACAGUGCCAGCGUGCCGAUUAUUAAUUUGUUUUUCAUUGCUCUCCUGUUUUCUCUGUAAAUUCAAAUGCUUAUCAUCCCGUCCAUCAAGCCGGCAGAGUGCCGUGCGCGAUGAAUCAAGCACUUGGAGUCCGAGGCUUUUGUGGUUCCCAAGCUGCUACUAUUUCCUAUAGUGUCUCACAGCCUUUCUGCUCUCUACUCCAGAAUAAAGCCUGGAGUUGAGUACAAAGGUCAAGACUCCAAUGUUUGGAACAACUUCAUUCACUUGCUAGCACAGCUCACAGCAGCUCUGGCCAAAAAUUGGUGACAUUUGGGGAAAUGGUGGACAAUCUUAAACUGUAGCCUGCUGCCUCUUCCCAUGACGACAAAAUGGGGCUGUGAGGAGUUUCAGAUUCACCUGUUUGCAAAAAUCACUGGCACAGGUUCACUCUAGUUUAAAAUAAGCAGGGAAUAGAAAGUGUGGGAGAGAUCUGUGUUUGGUUGUUUUUUUUUUUGUUACUGUUGGGAGUAUGAGAUGUACUUUUCAUUUUUUACCAAAAGAAAGCUUUUGAGUGUCACAGCAGGAGUGUUUUCUGUGUUUAGGUACGCGAUCCUGUCAUGUUUUUCGUUUCUCCUUUUCACUGUCAGUAGGCCAAAAAGGUUUGAUAGCGGGUUGAUGUACCCUUCUACUUUGUUGUACACUGGAAUGGCCUUGAUUUUAUUUUUUUUCGUAAAAGACAGGUCACCUCAAACCACUAUCUGUGCCCGCUAGGCUCAUUUUGUUUUUAUUUUUUUUAAUGUCUGUCUGCUGAUCUUGCCAUAAACAUACUGACUGUUAGCAAGCCUGUGACGGCAAGUCAAGGUAGAUAGAUAAGUGAACGUGGAGAAUUGUUUUUUUGACUUGCUAUAUAUAUAUUAAAAAAAAAAUGUGGUGUAAAGGUUGUUUUUCUAGAAAUGGGAUUCUUUAUUUUGGAACUACUGAGUUUUCUUUCUCACUUGCUUUUCCAAUUGCUAAGAGAAGUGAGGUUUUUUUUCCAGAUGCUUUUUUAAUGGGACGUUCUCAGUGCUUUACUUCGCUCCUUCUCUAAACUGUAUACUGUAUAUUUUGUGCUACACUGUUUGUGACCUCUGUUGUGUGUUGAUGUAUCUUUUUAUUUUGUUCCAGCUGUGUAGAAUUUAUUAUGAAAAAAAAAGAACUCAAGAAAACCAAUCACA